GCUCCAGCGGCUUCAUUAUCGCUUCGGCAGCCCGCAGCUCUCUGCGGCCUCCGCAGGCGCUGUGCUCGGUGCCCUGGAUGCACCGCCCACGGCACGCUUCGUCGUGGGCCGACUGCGUGAGGAUUAUUGUGAGCCGCAGGGGAGGCUGGAGCGGUUUCUGCGAUCGCUGAAAGCUGCGG